AUGUUUGACAUAUUUCCCAAGAUCCUCUCGUCCAUCGCCUCCUUCCUCUUUCCCCUCUUUGCCUCGUACAAGGCUCUCAAGACCUCGGACCCCGCGCAGCUGACACCAUGGCUCAUGUACUGGUCGGUAUUAUCGUGCGCUCUGCUGGUUGAGUCGUGGUUCGAGUUCAUCCUCGUCUGGGUGCCCUUUUACGCCUAUAUACGACUGCUCUUCCUGCUCUAUCUAGUCCUUCCCCAGACCCAGGGCGCCCGCCACCUGUACGAGACCUACCUGCACCCGUACCUCGAAGACAACGAAACCCAGAUCGAGGACUUUAUCGCCAGCGCGCACGACCGCCUCAAGGCUGCCGGCAUGGCCUACCUCAAACAAGCCAUCGAGAUGCUCAAGACCAAGGUUCUGGGCAUGCCACCCACCCGCGAAGAAGAGCAGGGCGCCGACGUCCGCGCCAAGGAGGCGCCGCAGACCUAUACGCAGUCGCUGCUCGCUAGGUUCAGCGUGCCGACGGCCAAAUGGGGCAACGUGGGAGGUUCGGCCACGGGCGCCGGCCAGGACUUUUACAACAUGCUGGCGGGAGCUGUCAGCGCUGCCACUGGAGUCAGCGCUCUUGGAUCUGCCGGCGCAGGCGCAUACGGCGGUGCCAAGAGGGAUGCAGAUAUGCCGACCAGUGGCAACUUGAUUCCAGACAACAUUCGAGGAGCGGGUGAGAAGAUGAACUUUAUCGCAAACCAGCGGGAGAAACUCUCGUUCUUGAUGACAGCACUGGAGAAGGAGGCUAAUCAGCUGGAAAAAUCCGAGCAGGAGCGUCAGGCAGCAGGAGCGGAGCAGAGGCUUCCGAGCAUGAGCCUUGACGGAGGCGAGGGACACGCUUCAGGUACAUCUAGGCCGCCUAGCGGGCAGAGCAUGUGGAGCGCUCUCAGCAAAAGUCGAAGUGAGGUCGACUUUGAAAAGAUCGAGGCCGAGAGCGGAGCCGAGGAAGAUUUGGAGGAGGAGGUGAGGCAGAGAAGGCCUCCGACGGAUCGAAGCGCCAGUGGUAAGGGUCCUUGGAGUUUCUUGGGUUGGGGUAGUACCACCGGCGCGGAUACGCCUACGCCUUCACACCCUCAAACGCCCUCAAACGAGUUUGCGAAAUAG